AUGGCUGCCGAGGAUCUGCUCGGCUUUUUAGAGAAACCAGCGUACGACUGCGAAGUUGUUCGAAUGUUUCUUAAGGAGAUAUUGGCGGGCGUCAUCCUGGAAUCUACUCUUUCAACGUGCUCGAAGCCGGAGUGGAUAAACAGCUGGAUCGUGUAUCUGUUGGAAGAUGGAGAGCCUGACUUCAACCAGGCAAUCGAUGUUGGAAUGCAGACCGGUCGUGAUGCCAACGCUGCCGUCUUUGCCGACGUUGAUAGCACUUCAGGGGCCGUCACUGUUGUGAGAGCUGCCGCUCCUGAUAUCGCCCAGAUCGGGAAGAAAGAGAACUUGUGUAAUCAUAAGAAACAACUAAGCAAGGCUGACGAGGAUAUGGAGGAGGCUCUCGAAGAGAUGAAGCGCAUGAACGCACUUCUCGUGGCGGAAGAGGCUAACUUUUACGAGCUUUGA